AUGGGUUUUGUCGUGUCUGCAAUCAACGAACGGGGCAAGGAAACCCUCGCCGAAUUGAUCGCCGAGGCCAUUGAAAGCAGUCCUGAAAAGAAGCUUCAACUCGGAGGAAUCUACCAGUACCUGAUCAACCAUAAGCCUUAUUUUCAAGAUUUGGCUGGAAAGGAGGAGUCUCGGGGCUGGAAAAACUCGAUCCGCCACACUUUGUCCUUCCAAAAGGACAAGUUUGAGCGUGAGCCUGGCAAGCCUGCCGGAUUGUGGAAGCUGAAAGCAGAGCAGCCGCUCAAGAGGGGGCGAGGGAGACCGAGAAAAUCAGCCGUGGCGUCAAAUCAAACUGUUGCGCAAAAUGUAACACUGGCUUUGGAAUACCAGGUGCAAGAACAGCAAACUCUAAAGGAAUAUUUUCAAGGAUUUUGUCCUUAUGAAAUUGAAAUUAAUCCAGGAGAUUUUGACUUUACGAGCAUUUUCACAACUCCGAUGACCAGCGAACUUGAGGAGGAGCCUGAAAACUUCCAUCCGCCCCAAGGCAGCAUUAAUAGUUUGGGAGAUAUAGAUAUUAUUCUCGAAGAAGCCGCUACAUACCACAAUUUGUGA